AUGGUAAUAGAAGGAGGUUGCGUAACGGUUGCGAUGUACUGUCUCAUUCAGUUCUACAUCCAGCUCAGACGCGACCUCGCAGCGCAUAGCCCGUUCCUCAAAGUCGUCGCGAUUAAGCUCGUCAUCUUCCUCUCAUUCUGGCAGACCUUCGUCAUAUCCAGCAUCACCUCCACUGGUGCCAUUAAAGCUUCUAGUCGCAUCCAAACACCCGAUAUCAAAAUCGGCAUUCCUUCUAUGCUUCUCUGCAUUGAAAUGGCAAUAUUCAGCGUCUUUCACCUUUGGGCAUUCCCAUGGAAAGUCUACGAUGUGCGGCGCUCUCAGAUCGUGGCCUCAGAAUCAGCCGCAGGUUUCUUUCCAGAUCCGAAGACGGCUUACCAUGGCGGACCUUUUGGCAGCAAAGCUCUCAUGGACGCUUUCAACCCUUGGGACAUCAUCAAAGCCGUAGGCAGAGGUUUCAAAUGGUUUUUUAUUGGUCGGAAGACACGCACGGAAGAUAUCAGCUACAAGAAUUCCGCUCAAGGAACAGGUCUCGAGCCUACGAGAAACCAGAUCACGGCUUUCGAGACUGGCAACCAUUCGUUUGAUGGCUCUCAUCCUUUUGUGCAGGUUGGCAAACCAGCUAGAUAUCAACCGCUUUCUGAAGAAGAGGAUUCCGACCGCUUGCUUGCACACGCGCAAUCGAACCCAGAAGUGCCUUACCCUCGCCCCAUGGAACGCCUCCCUCAUCUCAACGCUGGUGGUGACAUAGGCACUAUGGGAGUAUAUGACCCUCCUACUCCGCACGCCCCACCAUACCCUACCACAAGGCAUCAAGAUCCAGGACAAGAAUAUGGCGUUGCUGAUGAGAGGAGUCUCGGGGAAGAAGAUACCGGUUAUCAUGGUGCAAGAGGCAGGGUGACACCUGUACCACCCCCGGACUCGCAUCCUUUAGGCCCGCCGGGAGGGAGGGGUAAUGAGAAUGAGUGGAACAUGUGGGGCGGGGCACGGGAAAACGAGCGGGAUCUCGGCGGGGACCAUGGGAUUGGUGACAACAGGUUCUAG